AUGUCACCACAAGAUAGACUCGCUCGUGUCAGUGCAAUAAAGGAACACUUGCGGAUCGGCUAUGCAACAGCAGACGAAAAGGCUGAUUUCGCAAAUAAAAUAUACGAAGUCGUUGAUGAUCACAUCCGAAUGUUUGACAACGAUUUCUCACGGCUACAAGACGACCUGAUGCUUCCUCGGACGUGCAUUAUCAUUCCUACAGGUUGCUCCCAAGAGCUCAAAUCAACCUCCUCCGUUGUAAGGCCUCGGAUCAAAGUUCAAUUUGAUUCUGGUUUACGUCGCCCGAGAGGAAGGCCACCUAAGGAUGCUGCACUUAGAAUUGAGAUGGCGAGAGGACGCAAGUUACGCCGAGCAGGACAGGUCAUUCGUGCUGCCCAUGAGAGUUUACUAAAGAAAGCAUGCAAAACAACUGACAGAGGUGGUAAGAAUAUUACUGAUAAAAACUGA